GCAAAUAAAUAAUUAUUCAGACAUUCCAAGUUCAUCAAAAGUUGUUUCGGGAGAAUAUUUUACAUGAAAUUUAUCCAUUAAUUUGGUCUUUAACGCUGAUUUGACCAACCAGUACCCGAUUCCAAACGUUGUUUAUAAAAAAUAUGCCUUGCGAUUCAAAUCGGAAUAAGACUGGUUAACAAGCUAAAAGAGUAAAACUCAUCAUUUCUAUUGAUGCAUGUUGCAAAUAUCUCCGAUCAGAUAUAACAAAGUUAACGGGGCUAAAGUUAAUCCAAACUUUAAGACGUCCCUUUCAGGACACCACUCUUUUGUAAAAUGUUGAUGUUAAAACAGUCAAAAAUACGUUUAUUACUGGCAAUCAAAGUUCCUGAAAUGUGUCAGACCAUACAUGGCAAAAAAACAAAACGAAAACAAAAACAAGAAAAAAAGAAAGAAACAAGUUAAAAAUGAAGGAAAUCCUUUUAUUGGUCUGAUAAAGGCUUGCUCCCAGACUACGGCUCGAUAUUGAAAUAAAAUUGUGUUUGCAAGCUUUACUUUCAGAUUCUGAAAAUAACCUACGACAUUUCAUUGACUACAUAAUAUUGUUUGAUAAACUCACGGAGAACAGCUACCGAUUAUUUGGUAUCAGUUCAAGAUCAAUAGCACUGCGGGUGAAUCAAUUAGAAUCUGUCAAAACAUUUGUCGGAAAUGAUGUAUUAGUUUUAAUCUAUUGUUAAAAUAUUCAUUUAACGCGCCGAUGCAAAUAAAUAACAAAUAACGAGUGAGAGAUGUUGUUGUGACUCCUUGCUCUUGUUUACUCAAUGAAUGUGGCGAGGACGGACUGCGAAGAGGUUACUCUCUGAUUUCUUAUUUAUGCAAUGGACAGGAAGCUCAACUAGAUGAUAUGGAUAUUAUGGAAUUCGGGAAUAAAACUUUCUAAACAUUACAUUCAAUGAAUUUUAAUUUUCAUUCCUUUCCAAAGGGAAUUCGUGUUCAGAAAGCAGAAAAUAGUUCGUGUUAAAAUGUUUGAUUUAAAACGCAUUUGUAAAUUGUUAAUAGUUUAUGUGUUUAUUUCUGUAUACGUUUUACAAAGCCAAGAUAUUCACAUUUUCUUCAACAAUGUCCUAGAAGGUGUAGUGUGUUAUAAACAUAUUCCUUCUAUCAGCUACCCUGAAUGUCUCAAAAUAUUUGAAAGUGGUAAAUAUGGCGUGAACGUUAUGGGGUAUAAGAGAAAUUUUUUACUGUGCAGUUUAUGCUAUACCUCAAACAUACCGGCGAGGAAAAAAGUGCCUGGAAAUGUACUCGCCUAUUUUCCUUUAACAGAAACAGAUACAGUACGUGAAAAUUUAGCACAAGGAAAACCAACUUCGCAAUCCUCCACAUUAUCACGUUACGAUAAAGGCAACGCCUCGUCUGAUCUUGCUGUUGAUGGUAAUUGGGAACCAAACAUGUCACUAUACCCUGAUUCUUAUAUGUGUACAAGUACAAAGUAUGAAUCGUGGCUUGAUGAAUAUUGGUGGAGGGUAGACUUGGAACACAUAUACCCAGUUUCAGAAGUCGUCAUCUUGAGUAGAUCGGACUGUUGCUGGGACCGGCUACACAAUAUCAGUGUCACGGUUGGAGAAACAGAGCAGGACAUGCGAAUGUGCGGAAAAUUUGAAGGACCUGGUAGCGCGGGAGAAAUCGUUAACAUCACAUGUGUAACACCAUUAACUGGACAAUACGUGCGAAUAAGUAAACCCAUUUCGUUUGCUCUAACACUCUGUGAAGUGGCAGUUUAUCGCUAAGACAGGCUAAUCAAGACAAUCCGAAGCGUUGGAAUGAGGGAUAAUAGGAAAUAUAAAAUGAUAUAUCCAUGAAGGUUAAAUUAGAAAAUGGGAGUUGAUAGAGAUUUUAUUUUUGUAAAUGGAAACAAUAUUUCAGUUCACUGUUCAUCCAGUAAAAUAUUCCGGCAACGAUUUUGAAAGCUUGAUACCACUAUUCAAACUGUUCCUGCGCUUUUAUCACGAGAUUUCUCCAUGUUUGAACUUAGAAACUUAAAAGGAACAUGUCAAAACUCCGGAUGAAGUACAGAAAAUGAUGUAGUAGUGACUUUUCUUGAAAAGUUAUGUAGUAGCUUUGUCAAUCAGUCAAUAUGUCUAAGAUAUGUAUAUGUUGUACAAAGUUGUAAAAAAGAUCAGUUUCUAAGUGUUCCAGUGGAUUAAUUGCAAAAAGAAAUUUCAUUAACUCUAGUAUUAUAAGUAGUUUAUUGUGCCUUCUAAAAUGAUGUUAUAACUGAUUGGGCAGCUUAUAUCAAUAAUCUUUUGAAAUAGCUUAAAGAAAGCAGAUCUUAGAACUUUUCUCGUGUUAGAUAUGUGUUCUUGUUUUUUACAGUACGGUAUCACAAUUAACGAAGUGAAAAUGCAUGAAAUGAACAUUCGUAAGCCUUGCGGGUGUCUCUAAAUUGUUUUUUUUUGUACUUGUAGCAUGCUUGUGUUAAUGUUGAGUUCUGCUCAACCCGGGGCUAGAGGGCUUGGACGGUAGCAUGCAUUCCCACUGACGUCCAUGUACAGGCUCAGUCAAACUGAGCCUGCAACAUUUUCAUUUUUUGCCGUGUUGAGCAACCUGUGGUGUUUCCACUUUCUUAUUUUGUAUGUGUCUGGUCAAUGUUUGCUGUUGGUACUAUUAGGUGGCACAUUUACUCACAUUAUAUCAUAUCAUAGAUAAAAAAUAUAUUACAAGUCAGUACAAGGUUAUAUGAUACCAUUGCAUUAAUCAAUACAGAUGAAACAAAAAUAGUCUAGCUAGUAUCUGUCUGCCAUAGAAUCAUGAGGGAUGUCGGUAACACGAAUAAAUGGGUUCGGACGUGCUUGGUAGCGGAUUUGUGAGCAGUGCCACGGUUUUCAGGACGAUUUAUGUAUUAUUUGCCGUCAUUGAAAAAAAACAGUAUAUUAGAAUUUCACAAACUGAUACGUUUGUUUCCUUUUUCAACUUAUUUUAAUAAUUUAGUGUUAUUUGGCCUCAAAUAAGUGACUACUUAUCAGAUUAUAUAAAUAUCAAAAUAUAUCUAAUGCCAUUUUUUACUUACAUGUCACGGAUUUCGUGACGACCAAUACUUCUAUGUCACGGAUUUCUGUUUACAGUUUGACAGAGUUAUGAUUAAGAAAUAAUUUGGAUAUUUUCUUUAUUUAGAUUCGUCUAUGAUACAUAUAGACAUUGCGAAUACAUUUCGGUAACCAACAGGUAGUUAACGUUUUCAGUUAAUGUUGGUGAAAAUUCAUACCCAAGUGACAAAUUCUCUCACUGAUAUUACCAAAUACUGUUGAAAUUUGCAUAUCUAUACCUUUUUGUAGUGGCAGAUAUACUUUUAUAUGUUUACUGAUGUUUAUUUGGAAAGAAGUUGCGAUUAUUAGUAAUUCACAAAUGUACGGGGAGUAGAUUUUAUUAUGCAAUAAAGUUGAAGCGUUA